GAAAUUUGAGGAAAGCUAACAAUGACUAGCCGGCGUAACAAUCUGCAGUACCGAGCCGUGGUGUAGCGAAUGUGAGAGCAGAGUGUAGAGUACAAGAUGUCUCAAAAGUCUUGCUUGUGCUUUCGCCAUCAUUAUCAACAUGUACUACUUUUCAUCCCCAGCAGUAUUGUUGUCUAGUAUCGCUGGCCUGGCAAUUCUCAGCAAUGCAUCGGCCCUGGAAAAGCGCUACACAUCGCCAACAGCACCAUUCGACGGAUGUCUCUGGCAGGUCUCCAAAGUAGGAGCAUUCAACUCUCACCUCAAUGUCAGCAACUGGAAAACACUCCCCUCAUCCUUAAAAGCCACAGACCGUACCGGAGGUCCAGCUCGUGUAAAAUGGGAUCCUUCUCUCGUCGGUGUAGAUGCAAACGACGGCAGUCUCACCCUCACCGUACCUGGAGGUCAAGGAACCUGUACGGACGACAAACCAUGCGGAAGUGCUCAGAUCACCACCGCCUAUGACGAUGUCAUGUAUGGAAGCAUGCGUACUGUUAUGAAGACACCGAAUGUAUGGGGCACUGUCAGCGCUGCCUUCUUCUACAGCGAUGACAACAAUGAAGCCGAUAUCGAGAUGCAAACUGGAGAUGUCACACACGCCCACUGGACCAACCAAGACUGGUAUGGUUCAAAUGGCUUGACCAACACCAGUGUUGUAGCCAACACCUCUGCUGCUUAUCAUGAAUAUCGUCUUGAUUGGGUACCUGGGAGAACGGACCUCUAUGUUGAUGGCAAGCUCUUGCAAACCUACACCAAAUUCGUGCCCAGGACGAGCGGAUUUUGGAUGUGGAAUUCUUGGACAAACAAUGGAUCAUGGACUCUCGGCCCUCCUAGUAUGGAUGCUGUAAUGCAUAUCAAGUCGAUCGAUGUGUAUUUCAACAGAACGAGUAUUGCUGGUUGUGGUAGCGCAUGAGCACUGAAUGGAACAAAUUAUGUUAUUGAUAUCGAAAGAGAUGGAGGCAUGUAUGUAGAUGAACAGGAACAGUCAGUCAUACAU